AUGAGGAAACCUGAUCUCAUGGGCAAAGACCAAAUGAACAACAACAACAACAUCAUUAAGAGUAAGCUAAGGAAGGGUUUGUGGUCACCUGAGGAAGAUGAGAAACUAAUAAGGUACAUGAUAACUAAGGGACAAGGAUGUUGGAGUGACAUUGCUAGAAAUGCUGGUCUACAGAGAUGUGGUAAAAGUUGCCGUCUUCGUUGGAUUAAUUACUUGAGACCUGAUCUAAAGCGUGGUGCAUUCUCACCCCAAGAGGAAGAACUCAUCAUUCAUUUGCACUCUAUUCUUGGCAACAGAUGGUCCCAGAUUGCGGCUCGUCUCCCUGGUCGCACAGACAACGAGAUCAAGAAUUUCUGGAACUCAACGCUGAAGAAAAGACUGAAAAUCAAUAACUCCACUCCGUCACCAAACAACAGCGACUCAUCAGAACCUAGAGAUGUUUUGGGUGGGAUCAUACCCAUUAAUGAACAUGAACUCACAACCAUGUGCAUGGAUUCCACUUCAUCAACUUCAUCAUCAUCCAUGCAAUCCAUGCAUGCUAUGGUUUUAGCUGACCAAUAUGAUCCCUUUUCCUUGUUUUCAAAUCGUUAUGACAUGACCGGUAUAGCCGGUUACCCUGACAUGCCUGCAUGCUUAACCCAAGUUGGUAUGGUAGAUGGGCUACAAGGUGAAUAUCGGAAAUUGGAGCCUAAUAAAAUGGGGUUAGAAAGCGACUUUUCUCUUCCUCCACUAGAAAGUAGAAGCAUUGAAGACAAUAUUACCCCAAUUGAUAUGAAAAGCAAUAACAACAACUUCAAUAAUAGUUGCUUCAAUAACACUGAUCAGAUUCAGAACUCCAACGUAGAUGAUUUGUUUGGGUUUGGAAAUCAUGGGCAAGGAGAAAACUUAAGAAUGGGAGAAUGGGACUUCGAGGGUUUGAUGCAAGACAUAUCCUAUUUUCCUUCCCUUGAUUUCCAAGUUUAA